GCUGGGGAGCACCUGACCAGACUUGCUCUGGCCAUCUGCCGGUCCCCUCACACAGGCGCUAUUGACUGCAGUUUGGGAGUUUGGGAGAGGAUUCUGGCCGGAGGACGAAGCGGAGGCUUGUUGUUGAAAUGGAGUGUUUCUCCAAGGCUGCUCCCUCCCUCGCUGCUCCUCUCUCUAGCUUCCUGACCUCCAAAAUGCUCCUUAAAUAUAACACUCGCAGCGCCUGACGACUCCCCUGCCUGAGGUUGGAGCUUUGAGUCCCCAACGUGUGACUGCAGCACUGCUCUGCCCCAGUUUUACCAGCAACUAGGGGCGUACAGCUCCUCCCUGAUCCUGCAACCCUCUUUUCCUCAAGAGAAUGGAGGGUGGGAGCAGAGGGAGGGCUGCACAGAAUCUGGAACUUGAGAUAGGAGAACCUCAAGGAUCCUGCCUUCCAUCAUCUAUUUUCUGCUCCAGAUAUGGAGCCAGAGGCUGGGGAGUGACUUAUCCAAGGUCAUGAGGAGGCAUCAACUUCUCUGUAGCGGAAAGAGCCACAGAUGGGGUGGUGGGAGUUAGGAGGGCUGGAUUCUCCCCUGUGCGCUGCCACUAGUUGGCUGAUUUGGGGGUUCACCACUUCUCAGGUUUCCCUGAGCCUGGGAGCCUUGGGUGUCUGCCUGCUGGGUCACCAGCAGCGCGAUGUGGUUGAAUGACCUUGCUCGUCUUUCCAGUCCCUUCUGAUGGAUGAGGUCUUUUUGUUAUUGUUGGAUUGGGAAAGGAACAAGACCAGGGUGAGUGAGACCUUCAGGCUUGUGGGAAGCCCAGAGAAAGUCACAGCAGCUAAAAUCAUAAAGGAACUUUUUCCAGCCUUCAUUCCACAGCCAGCAAAGUUUGGAAGAAACCAUUGUAGCAAGAGGCAUAGAGUAAUACAAAGCCAACCUUAGGUUAAUCGAGCCUUGUAAACACAACAAACGUAUGAAUCUUCAUGGGCUGGGAAGGAAGGCCAGUUUUCCUAAACGGAGAUUUUUGAAAAUGCAGUAUCACAAGGCGUUAUCAUGGUCAAGCCAUCCAAGCCCUUUUCAUGACGUCUGCUCACCAAAAAGACCCAAAAGAGAAUUGGCGUUGGGUUGCUUUCUUAAUGACAUUGCUUAAUUUAAAAUUGUUUUUGUUAAGUAUUGAAUAGACACAAAAUAAUAUUUAUAAAAGAUGUGUUAAGCAUAAAGAAAGAAGAAACAAAUGUGGGCAUAUGUCCCACCCAAGUGUAAGGAGAUGCACACUGACAUCACCCCAGAAGCCUCCUGCUAAUUCCGUCCUUUUUUCCUGCUCAGCUUCCUGAAAGUUGAGUUCAUCAUUCCCUUCCUUUAUUAAUUAAUUAAUUAAUUUAAAAAAGUAAAUAAGUGUAUUCUGUAUAUGUGUGUGUCCUAAACAAUAUGUCAAAAGAACUGCUACUGCAAAUAGAAAGAAGAGAGCUUUAUUAACAGUGUAACAAUUUGGGAAUUGGGCAACACCAAGUAAAAGCAGGUGUUCCAAAGUAUUGGUUGGGGGUUGGAUUUAGAGUCCAAAAAAAAAAAAAGGGAGGGAAGGAAUGGCAGUUGUCAGGUGAGCUCUGUUCUAGCAGCUUGGUGGGACAUUGAGGCAGAAGGACUCUUGUCCGAAACUGAUGGGUCAGAGCUUGGGCAUCUUUUUCUUGUCCUGUUUCCUGAAGUCUGACGGCUUCGGCAUGGGGUGUCCACCUUGUGCAUCUCCUUGGCCAGGGGCCAUUUGGUAACCGGGGCCUGGAGGUCGAUUUAGAGUUCCCUUCACAAAUAUAUGGUUUGGUUUUAUGUGUUCCUUCCCCUCUAUGUAUGCGGAAUCAUAGUCUGUGUGUUCUCUACUGACUCACAUUCUGCAUCCAGCACUGUGGCUGAGAUGUCACCCACUUUGUUGCAUAUGGCAGUAAUUUCAAAAUUUUACCAAACCCAUGGGUGUGAAUUGGCAUCACACUGGGGUUUCAAUUAGCAUUUCCUGACUACUAGUGAGGUUGAGCACCUUUAUAUAAGUUUAUUGAUCAUUCGGGUUUCCUCUUCCAAAAGUGCUUGCUCAUGAACCAUUUGUCUGUUUUUCUAAUUGUCUCUCUUUUUCUCAUUGUUCAGUAGGAUUUAUUUUUCUUUUUUUGUAAAUUAUGUGAACAAUUCAUUUUUCCAGUUACAUAUGUUACAAAUAUCUUCUCCCAGGAAAGCAUUUCUUUUUUAUCUCUCUUUAUGAUCUCUUUUGAUGAUCAGAAGUUCUUAAUUUUACUGUGGUUGAAUUUAUCAGUCUUUUCCUUUAUGGAUGUUGCUUUUUUUCUGAGUUGUUUAGGAUGUUCUCAGGCUAUAAACUGGGUGAGGAUCAAUUUGUAAUUAUGAUUUAGCAAGAGGGAUUUUUUCCCCCUUUCAUUCAAUUCCCAGGUUUAAGACUGGCAAUUUUCCUUUUAGUUCCUUGGGUAGCAUUUGCUAGUUUAUUUCAAGAUCAUCCUUGUUGUGAGGCUGUAGCCUGUGGGUCCUGCUUUAUGAGGAGGCUUAUUAACCUCUCACCUUUAGUGGGCUUUGGCAUGUCUUGUGGUCUUGUCGACCAUGCUCCGUGAGGCCAUAAAUACUUGAAGCUUUGUUCUACCGGUCCUGCAAGAACCUUCUCUGGGAAACUUGUCCCUAAGGCUCUCCAUAAGUUUCUGGGUUUCUGUCCUCACUAAAUUUUUGGCCUCUAAAUAUUCCAUACUUUUUGGAUGACUCAUCAAGCAUUCUAGAAGAAUUUCUUUUUUUUGUUUUUUUUCUAAAUGCUUUGUUUCCUCUAGCAUUUGUGGUUGUUUUUACUAGGAAGGUCCAUCAGAAUAUCUGGUCUGCCAUAUUGCUAGAGAUGGAAGUCUUAGGAUAUAGUUUUCCCCAAAUAAUUCUUCUUGAAAUACGAAUAUCAAGAAGCUGCCAGAUUUCAGAUAGUCAUGCAGAAGCGUGAUAAAGGAGUGCAUCUGUAUGAUCGUUAAUCUGUGUAUCCCCCACCCCCCCUACUCCUCCAGAGUGGUCUAGAGCAUGCUAAUGGUUUACCAGUCAAGGAACUUCUCAAACAGUACAAAACAGUCUGCCCUCAAUGAGAAGAUCAAAGAGGGAGGGAAAUAAAUUAAAUGAGCCUUGUUCCUCCAUUUGGCUUGGUCUUAAUCUUUCUCUGGGCCCAGGGAAAGAGCAGUGGUCCCAUGGCCCUCCAAAGCCAUGUUUGCGUGGUACAUUGAGAUUUUCUUUAUGAACUACAAAAGUGGUUUGUGAGGAGCCCUAGUUUCCAAAAUGAGCAAGAGUCAAGAGGAAUUCGAGGCAGAUGAUUGUCUCCCAGUGUUCUGGGCUCUCUCCUUGCUUCCCUUUCUGUGCUCAUCACACACACACACACACACACACACACACACACACACACAUAUGCACACACACACACUGACACUCAGUAUUCUAGCCAGCCAACUCACUGGGCCAACUUGAUUUAGUUUCUUUUUUUACCUUUUGCUGGGUUCCUUUUACCCUGGGAGCAUGUGCACCUUUAAAUCAGCCUGUCUGAUAAAGUAGGAGCUGGCUUGUAAUCAUACACAGUGAUGAAGAGAAUGGGUUUUGGAGUUGGACAUGCCUCCAUUCAAAUCCCUAACAUGCAGCUUGCUGGUUGGCAUUAGGCAAAUCAAGACACUACACUCUUUAAUCUCCAGCUGCAUUAUCUGUAAAAUAAUGGGUUACUACCUCAUAAUGUAAAUGUGAGAAUUAAAUGAGAUAAUGCAUGCAAAAUGCUUCAUAUGUUGCCUGACAUAAGCCCUCCAUAAAUUAGUAUUAAUAGUCAUGGAGGAGAGUUUGUUGUUUUUUUAAGGGGUAGAGUAAAAGCCAAAGAAUUCUGACAUUGAAAAUAAUGUGGCAAUAAUGUAGUAUUUGGAAAGCCUUGCUCCAGGUUUUAUGUGUUGUCUGUGAUAGGAACUGUUGGAGUGGCAAGCAGUAGAAUUGCAUCAUGAGAAUAUUCACAGCUACCUGGAGUACAAAGUGACAUUUGCCUAGGGACUGGAUCAUAUGAUCUGGGAGGCCCUUUGCGUGAAUUAUCUAGAUCCUAAAGGAUAAAUCCGUGCACUCCUGGAAUCUGUUGCAUCUCUGCCAUAUGUAUGCUGAAAGUAUAUCCACUUUUAAAGUUUAAAGAACUUUAAAAACAUACCUACAGAUGCAUUUAGAAGUCAGCAUCUGAGUGUUGUCUGGCCUGGGCUGCUUUGGGAUUGGAUCUCUGAAAGCUCAGCAGUGCUUUAAAGAGUGUUUCUGCCAGCCCAUUGGACUCUGGGGGAGUGCUUUAGUUAGGUUUGAAUAAGGUCACUUCAAUUAAACCCCUAUUAUAUGCAAGCACUCUUCAUCAGUGGUGUGUAGAGCUGAACCAGACACACAGUCUCUGCCUCCACAGAGCUGUCUAAAGAGGAAAGCAGAGGAUAAGCAAGUAAUUCCAGGCACCUGCCUGUUACCUGGGGCUCUGUACUCCGGUUUUUCUGAAGGACCAUGGCUUUAGACGAUCAGGUAUAGAUGAUGUGCAUACAACACACAUGGGAUGUCUGUAGAUUGUUUGGGGGCAAGUUUCGGGGUAAAGGCUUAUUGUGGUUCAGUUGAAGGUCGCUAUUUCAUAAUUAAUCUCCUCUUUGUUGAUUCUCACCCAUCCGCAUUACUGACCCAGAUAGCCAGUAAUGCAGGGGAGGACAGAAAGGAACCACACAAGCCGGAACAUUGUUGGGGCUGGAACUCCUGGGCUUGGAACAGACAGCCCAGUACAUUGGGAGACAGUCAUCUGCUUGGAGGGUUUUAUAUGAGGAGCCACUUGUCCCCGCCCAGUGAAGGUGAAAAUCUUAGCCCCUCUUCUCUCAAUGCAGCACCUGGGCUGAAUUCUCUGGGAGCCCUUGUUUUGGUGAGAAGAUGCUGCUUAAAUCCUAAGCCAAGCCUGGAAAGACUCCCCAGUCCCAGGUGACCGCAGGCGCUGCUCUGCCACCGUAAGUUGCUGGCUCACCACCCGCCCCAGAAGUCGUGGCAGUUUCCAGCAGGGGGAGAGAACUGUGUGUUCUGUGAACUGCGAACUGCCAGGGAUCUCGCAGCUGAGCUCGCCCCGCCUUAAGGGGAGAGGGUGAGGAUUCUAUUUAAGGUGGUCGCCCGCGGCCUCCUUCGGAUACCCAGGGCGCGCCCCGCAAGGGCUCUUUCAGGUCAGCUCUGCUUAGGAUUCCCGAGGUUUGCCGAGAAUGUGGGGUCAAGUCUCCCCUCCCCCUCCCAAGGGGGUGGGGGCUGGGCAGGUUUUAACCCUUUGGGGGCUGCCUAUGCAAUGCUCGUCUUUCAGAGCUGCCUGCCCUUCUCCCCUUCCUUCGCUGGCACUGCACUCCUCACCCACCCUUUCUCCGCCGUUCUAUCCCAUCCUGGGACAAAACAUGUGCUGUAUCUUUAAAUGGGCGGAAGUGGCUGACAGUGCUUUGCUUGGGCUGCAUUGAUUAGGAGAUUAUAUGGAGCUGCGGGAGCUGCCGCCUGGGGGAAGAGAGGUGCAGGUUCUGCUAGGUUUUCGCUCUCUUCCCGGCUCUCCUUAGGUUCUUGCCCCAAGGCUGCUCUGAGCCGGUGGUGCGAGGUGAGGGUGGGUGGCUGGCCGGCCAGCCGGCCUGCAGACAGCAACUCCAGAGCUUGUUUGGCAGUCCUGCCAGCAUUACCCAUCCUCAUCAGAAACUGGCAGUGGCAGCAGCAGCUCGGGCAGGGAGCUCCAGCCCUGGGCUGGGUUUCCCGGAGCUGCCCGUCGUCUCUGAGCCCAGCUCUCAGCUGGUAGAGGGGGAAGAAGAGGAAGCAGCAGCGGCAGCAGUAGCUCUUCUCUUCUGGCUUGUGCUUUCUCCCUCUCUCUCUCCCUCUUUUCUCUCUCUUUUUGGGUUCAAGUCACAUUACAUGGGAUUCUGUUCUUUGGGGACUUCGUCAUCUUUUCAAAUAUGUCCUGGGACCUCUGGAGCUGUUACGGGGAUGCUGAGGACAUGGUCAGUGGAUUAUCGUGGCUGUACUAAUGAAAGGAUUCAAGCUCUCCUGUACUGCCAGUAACUCCAACCGCAGCACGCCGGCCUGCUCGCCCAUCCUCCGGAAGCGCUCUCGCUCGCCCACCCCACAGAACGCCGACGGCGACACCAUGGUGGAGAAGGGCUCCGAUCACUCCUCCGACAAGUCCCCGUCCACACCGGAGCAGGGGGUGCAGCGCAGCUGCUCCUCGCAGUCUGCCCGCAGCGGUGGCAAAAAUUCCAAGAAAAGCCAGAGUUGGUAUAACGUAUUAAGCCCCACUUACAAGCAGAGAAAUGAAGACUUCAGAAAGCUCUUUAAGCAACUUCCAGACACGGAGCGCCUCAUUGUUGAUUACUCAUGUGCACUCCAAAGAGACAUUCUUCUUCAGGGCCGCCUCUACCUCUCUGAAAAUUGGAUCUGCUUCUACAGCAACAUCUUCCGCUGGGAAACUCUGCUGACAGUCCGCUUGAAAGACAUCUGCUCCAUGACUAAAGAGAAAACAGCUCGCCUCAUUCCCAAUGCCAUCCAAGUUUGCACUGAUUCAGAAAAGCACUUUUUCACUUCAUUUGGGGCCCGAGAUAGGACAUACAUGAUGAUGUUCCGGCUCUGGCAGAAUGCUCUCCUUGAAAAGCCUCUGUGUCCCAAGGAGCUCUGGCACUUUGUUCACCAGUGUUAUGGGAACGAGUUGGGCCUGACCAGUGAUGAUGAGGACUACGUGCCUCCUGACGAUGACUUCAACACGAUGGGCUACUGCGAGGAGAUCCCCGUGGAAGAGAAUGAAGUCAAUGACAGCUCAUCCAAAAGCAGCAUAGAGACCAAGCCGGACGCCAGUCCGCAGCUGCCAAAGAAAUCCAUCACCAACAGCACACUGACAUCCACAGGGAGCAGCGAAGCCCCUGUCUCGUUUGACGGCCUGCCCCUGGAGGAGGAGGUGCUGGACGGCGAUGGGUCCCUGGAGAAGGAGCUCGCCAUUGACAACAUCAUAGGGGAGAAGAUGGAAAUCAUCGCACCUGUGAACUCCCCUUCGUUGGAUUUCAAUGACAACGAAGACAUCCCCACCGAGCUCAGUGACUCCUCUGAUACCCACGAUGAAGGGGAGGUCCAGGCCUUCUAUGAUGACCUGAGUGGCCGCCAGUACGUGAACGAAGUCUUCAGCUUCAGCGUGGACAAGCUCUACGACCUCCUCUUCACCGACUCACCCUUCCAGAGAGAAUUCAUGGAGCAGCGGCGCUUUUCCGAUAUCAUCUUCCAUCCAUGGAAGAAAGAAGAGAACGGAAACCAGAGCCGAGUGAUUCUUUACACCAUCACCCUUACCAACCCACUGGCUCCCAAAACCGCCACCGUCAGGGAGACACAGACCAUGUACAAGGCUAGCCAGGAGAGCGAAUGUUACGUGGUUGAUGCCGAGGUCCUGACCCACGACGUGCCGUACCACGACUAUUUCUACACCAUCAAUCGCUACACCCUCACCCGCGUGGCUCGGAACAAGAGUCGACUCAGGGUCUCCACAGAGCUGCGUUAUCGAAAACAGCCCUGGGGAUUGGUGAAAACCUUCAUCGAGAAGAACUUCUGGAGUGGGCUGGAGGACUACUUCCGCCAUUUAGAGAGCGAGCUGACCAAGACGGAGAGCACCUACCUGGCCGAGAUGCACAGACAGUCUCCCAAAGAGAAGGCCAGCAAGCCCUCCACAGUGCGCAGAAGGAAGCGUCCCCACGCCCACCUGCGGGUCCCUCACCUGGAGGAGGUGAUGAGCCCCGUCACCACGCCCACUGACGAGGACGUGGGCCACAGGAUCAAGCAUGUGGCAGGCUCCACGCAGACGCGGCAUAUCCCUGAGGACGCCCCCAAUGGUUUCCACCUGCAGAGCGUGUCCAAGCUGCUGCUGGUUAUCAGCUGUGUUCUGGUGCUGCUGGUCAUCCUUAACAUGAUGCUCUUCUACAAACUCUGGAUGUUGGAAUACACCACCCAGACCCUCACUGCCUGGCAGGGUCUGCGGCUCCAAGAAAGGUUACCCCAAUCUCAGACAGAAUGGGCCCAACUCUUAGAGUCCCAACAAAAGUACCACGAUACGGAGCUCCAGAAAUGGAGGGAGAUCAUCAAAUCCUCGGUGAUGCUUCUUGACCAGAUGAAGGACUCACUCAUCAACCUCCAGAACGGCAUCAGGUCCCGUGACUACACAUCAGAAAGCGAAGAGAAGAGGAACCACUAUCAUUGACAAGGCAGGAGCAGGGGUGGCUGCGAAAGGCCUGUGCAAUAUAUGUACAUAAACCAUAUAAAUAUAUAUAUAUAUAAAUAUAUAUAUAUAUACAGAUUAUAAAUAUAUAUAUAUAUUAUAUACAGAUUUUAAAAAGAGAUAAUGCCUAUGUACCAGGGAGAAGGAGCGGGACCGUCUCCUGUGCUGGCCGGAGAAAAGUUUUCCUUUGGUGGAGGGGCUGAGGAGGGCAGGGAUGGCCUCUCAGCCCCGACCGCCCCCAAGCCUCUUGUCCCCACCGUCCCCCGUUUCCCACCCUUUCCCUUGCCAGCCAUUCUUGGCUCUUGGAAGGGAAAUGUCGUUGAGCCAAAGUUAUGCCUGUGAAGACCCUGGAGUCUUGAAAAGAAGUCUCAAGGGGGCAUUGCUAAGGUGCUUCAUACCCUAAUCCCCUUUUGAUUUGUUUCCAAAAUAAAGGGUAACCUUUUCGGCCCCACGCUUUGCUUCCCCAAGUGUUCUCUUGUGAACAGGAAGCUUCGAGGGCAGAAGGAGCCCAACCUAAACUCGGCCAUAUAAAGCCACCCACUUUAUAUGGACUGUCCCCUGAGUCAGGUGGAGAGGACUGUUGGAAAGUUUAGGAAGGCUGCGUUUGUCUGGUUGGGCUUUGUAACUGCGGGCUCCUGAGGACUCGCAUUCUGAAAGAUCUCCUCAGUCACCCCCUGCAUCUUCCUCUAACUUGUACAGGGUUUGGACCCAAUAAGGGCUGGGAAUUUCUUACAUUCCCACCCUCUUUCUCUCUGGUCUUUGCCCAGGCUGGAUCUGGGUGAAGUGUCACUUUUUAGUGCCUAAACUCCUAUUGUUUCUGUGCCCUAAGAGCACAUUGGUUAUUAGCCAGGGUGGGAGCAUCUUUGAUCUUGUUAAAUCUCUUUUAGUGGUGACUAAGCCAGUCAGGUCUGUGGCUCUGAUUCCUUCACUUUGAGCUGUCAGUGUGAUUGCCAAGAUGAAUCAGAGUCCCAGGCCCUCCAGGAUUUGAGAGGGCAAUUGCCCUGGUGACCUACGGACUGUACAUCUGACCAGAGAACACUGCCUGAGCAAUCUUGGCAGUGAGCACCGAUAGCCACAUCACUCCACUGGGUGCCGGCAUCACUUACUCUCAGUGGAGAAACAACUGUAGUCAAGGGAGACAAUCUCUGAGACACUUUGCACAUGGAAGAGCUAAGCCGGUGGAGACAAUGGAUUGGGCCGGAGUCCUGCCCUAUGGAGGCCACUUCUCCAGUUCUCAGCCUUGGGGAUGGGGGUUCUAGCAGGGGGAGGAAAGCCUUCUUUGGUCGCUGGACCCAGAGAGAGAUAAGAUCAUGAAAGAGUAGAAAGAAAUUGAUUUAGAAAAGUGAGUCAUCUAGGGCCCUUCCGGGUUGGUCCACUAGGACCUGUGCAUGUUCUUCAUCCUUUAUGCACUAACUACUUUUUCUCCAUAUAAUGAUCAAAGGAGUCUUGCCAGCCCCAGGCAGAAUUCAUGGGAGAUUUAUUGAUCAGGAAAGGAUCAUAGCCAAUUUGGCAAGGAGAGCUCUUCAAGCUUGCUGGCUCUUCUCCUGGGCCCUCUUGAUACAGGGAAUGUCCCAGAACAUCAGCAGGAAGAAAGGAAGUUUUUGUCACUGUUCUACCCCAAAGUAUAGCAAGCUGUGUUCUUUCCUUGGAGUCGCCUGAACAUCCCACUUUAGCAAUUUAAGAAACAUUUUCGACUUUUCAGUCUGUCUGAGAAUACGGCCUUGGUUUUGACCUGAGGGCAGGAUGAGAAGACAGCAAGAUGCAUGUCCAGGAUGCCCCCUGGGGAGUGGGAUGAAAGGCUUCGGGUGGCCAACUAGAAUUGAUAUCUCCCUCCUACAAAAUGAGCCGUAAGGAAAUUGAAUUAAGUGUAAUCCUGCAAAGGGUGCAUAUGCCCACUGGCCAGUCGGUUACUACUCAGUUCUCCACCAGGACUUUGAGGGAGAGACAAUGAGGGUGGACGCUCAUGGGCCCCCUUUGGAGUAGCCAGAAACCAAAGAGAUUCCUAAAAAGUUUUGAAAGCAAAAAUCAUAAAUUCUCUAGUUCAUUCCAGACAUAAUCAUUUAUUUAAAUUAUUAAAUUUUAAAGGCCCUGUGGUGGGACUUUUGGGAUGGCUUCAAAAAGGUUCUUUGCUAGGAAUAAAUUGAUCACAGUAGUCCAGGCUACAGAGGGGUUUUCUGCUUUAGCUUUAUCUCUCUGGAGAGGGUGGGGUGUGUGUGUGAGUGGAGGCACUUUGUAUGUCAGAGGAACCCUUAAGUUUUCUGGUGAUCUGAACCCAGGAGACAGUGUAUACACAUAAUGAAUGUCCUGCAGCCCACCUCAUUUCUACCAAUCAGGGAUCUCUUGUGAGCUCUCUGCUCUAGUAAUUUUUUGACUCUGAAGCUAGGAGAAAACCAACAACUCUGUUCACUCCCAACAAAAGCUCUUCCCCCUUAUUCAUUAGUCUCUGAAAGAGAAGGGAGCUCACCCUUGCAGAUAAGUCCAGGAGUGAGACAAAUAAGUAGCAUUGUAAAUUGUAACUCAUGGCCAGUUACCCGGGCUGAUACUGUCUGCAAGGGAACAUCAAAACCACCACCUCUUGGGUUAUUUCCUCUAGCCAGAGCUUUUUUUUUUUUUUUCCUUUUUUUUCCCCUUUGGUUCAGAUAAGAACUCUGGAAUCACAUGAGAGUCUUUUUGCAAAGAUUCAUGUGGUAAUACAUUUGAGCGCUUACACUCACUUUCAAAGAAUUUGCAAAGCUUCUCACUAGGUGAAGAACAGCUAAAGGGUCUAAACUUGACUCCAACUUACUGUAGAGGAACUGAUAAGAUUGGCCUCAGAGAAGCCAACCAUGCCUGCAACUCUCCCUUCUUCCCUGCUCCCAACUUGGGACAAGGGAUAACACCCUCAGCUGGUAAGAUCAGCAGCCUGUCGCUCUCUGUAGGAGCACUGGACUGAGUCCUGGCUAUGCCAUUGACUGCAUCUGUAGCUAUAGACAAGUCACUCCCUCCACCUCUGGGCUUCAGAAUCCUCAUCUGUAACAGGAGGGGGUUGGGUUAGAUUAUCUCUAGGGUAGGUUCUAGCUUUGGCAUUGGCUUGAGGAUGAUAGGCCAGAGGCUGGCAAGACUGGGCUUUCUCAGACUUAGAAAGUACCCUACCAGGAGGAAACAAUCCUUGUGGGCUAAUCUCUUUGGUAUUCAGACGAGUAGCAGGGCAGGGUCUGGGUUCCCAGGAAAUCCAGAGUAGUUAAACUUCUUUACAGGGUAAGAGGGCUGUGGAAGCCCGGAGAGAGAGAGAGACAGAGAAAGACAAGAGCCAGAUCAGCCUUGCUGCCUUGCUCAGUAUUAACUUAAGAGGGUGUUUCUUCCUUCUUUGGCCAAGUCUUUGGGCAGGGACGUUUCUUUGGACUUCUCCAAGCUAAGGAGAAGGAAGAAAAUAGCAAGAAGGGCCCCAUCUUAGAUUCAGCCCAUCUCCUGUGCCAGGCUAUGAAGUCUUUCAUCUAUCCAUCCUUCUUCCUUGCCAGAGGAAACACUGGAGAGAAAGCUUUCUGGUUCUAGCACUUCUCUAUUGGCUCAGACAAAACCCCAUUAGGGGUUGGGUUAAGGUGUGAAGCUUUGGCUGGAAUCUUUGGGUUUCCUUAGAGCACUGACACCAAGAACCUGGGGUCACGAAGGAUGAGAAAGACUAAGGAAGACCCAGAGACCUCAUGAGGAAGGCUUUCUUUUCUCUUUGUGCCUCUUCCUCCCGCUCCCUGAGCUUAGACAGUGCCUGAAACAAACUAAAGGCAGCAUCUAUAGGCUGAGGUGGUGGAGAAAGGACCAGGGAAAGAAUCUUUCUGAACUGUGUGUGGUCCCAGAAGGAUCUUUCUGUGCCAUACCAUGGCCACGUUAGCCCUGAGGGCAGCCAAGCCAGCCCUAACUCCCUAUGUCCCCCACCCCUUGGAAGAAAUAACACUCUUCUGUCUUCCCCCAGGUAGCAGGACAGAGGUCUCCCUCCCUACAUACUGUACCCCACUGCCCACUCCUAUAAGAAACUCCAGAACCUUCCUUCCGGACUCUCCCCUCCCUCACCCCUUGUCUCUAGGCUGUGGGACAAUCAUCCCAUUCUCCCCUUGUCCCCCAACGGGCUGGUCCUACUCCCCUCCACCUCUUUGUUUUCUUCCAGAAGAUGCAUUUUGGGUCUGAGAGGAGCGUUUUUCUGGAAGGCCGUCUUUUAACGCCCCUGCUUUCCUGAUGUGGAGGCAGGAAUUUGCACACGGUGUAGAGAGCUCUCUUUCCCUCCUCUCUGCCCAGCCUUGUUACCUCACUUCUGCUCCAGCCAUGGCUGCAAUGGCCCCACCAGCUCCCUGUUUUUGGUGUGGUGUGUGCCAGCUCAGGGGUCUUGGGCAUUGUUCUCUGUCAUGACUCGAGGUCCACAGCAGACUGGGAGCCCAGAUCAGAGCUUUGGCUGCUGGUGAGAAGCAUCUCGCCUACCAAGAGGAGCUGACGCCAGACGAUAUCCACGACACGUGAAGGCUUAAAGAACAUUGCCGUGUCUUCCCUUCGGCCCUCCCUGCUUCUCUCAGCACAGUGGGACACUUUGCAGAAGCAAAAUGGCAGCCUCUGCUCCAGGCAAGACAGCUGGCUCUGUCUGGGGAGUUGGCUCUGGGCUUGGGAGGCAUGGGCUGAGAUUGCACAGUAAAAAACAAACAUUUUUUGCCAACAA